GUUUUGUUUGUAUAAUUCUUAUGCAAUUGCUAUUCAAUUAUAACAACAAUGAAUUAUAUAAGUAUUAAAUAAGUUUUAUCGACGAGUGUUUGUUUAAUUGAGACGAUUAGAUAAUUAAUGAAUAGUGACUGUAUUUUGUGCGACCAUUGAAUCGACAGCGCAUACAAUGUAUGGCCCAAUGGUUUCGUGUAAACGGCGACAGCAUAUCAGCGCCGAUACCACACAAUCAGUCGCUAAUAUAUCGCAACACUUGAAGAAAUUUGUGCCAAAUAUGGAUAAGACGGACAAUAAGGACAAUACAGACAAUACGACCGAUGAUCAGACCGACGGCGAGAGUAUUACCACAAAACGCGUCAAACAGACACUUUUCGACGAGACGAAGAUUACGGUCUAUGAAGUGAAACGCAACCAUCGGAGUCGGGGUCGGGGCCGACACCACAAGUCACACCACCAUAGGGUGCAUCCGCGCCGAUCGCUGUCUCAGGGGGCGACCCCUCGCAGCAAAAACCCGCACCCAUUGCUUAUACGGCAACCGUUGGCCACUCAGCGCCGGUUAUCGGUCUCUAACCUCAAAUUGAACGCCAAAUACAGCGGUUACCAGAAGUCGACACUGUUUUGCCUGUCGAUCGUGUCGUUCACAUCAAUGCUCUCCAUGUCAUUGAUUGCGCCCUUCUUUCCGUUGGAGGCGUCCAACAAAGGCAUGAGAGAAACCAUCUAUGGCUUUGUGUUCAGUGUAUACGCUCUCGUCAUCUUCAUAUUCAGUCCCAUCGCCGGUAAACUCAUACCAAUUAUUGGCCCCAACUUUAUGCUCAUAUCGGGUGUGUUUGUGGCCGGAGUCGCCAACAUAUUGUUCGGAGUGUUGGACAAUAUCGACGAUUUGGCCACUUUUACCGCAUAUUGCUUUCUGGUCAGGAUAUUCGAGGCCAUCGGCGCCGCCGCCUUCUCCACCGCCUCCUAUACUAUCAUUAUGCAGGUCUUCCCCGACAAUAUCGGCACCGCUUUUGGUUUCAUAGAGACAUGUGUUGGUCUGGGAAUGAGUUUAGGGCCGGCCAUCGGCGGCGCUCUGUACGGCAUCGGCGGUUAUAGUUUACCAUUUUUCGUAUUGGGAGCCCUCAUGUUGGGCACAAUACCCGUCUGUCUAUUCAUUAUUAAACCCAUUGAAAUGUUAAUUCCUAUACAAAAAGACUCGUCGAUAUCGUAUUGGAAACUGAUUUCAAUACCACAGGUACUUGUGGUGGGAGUAGUAGUUGUGUUAGUCUCGCAAACCAUCAGUUUUCUGGACCCGACAGUUGAGCCCCAUUUCCGCGCUCUCAACAUAAGUCCCGAAUACGUGUCGAUUGUGUUUCUCCUGUUAUCCGCCUGUUAUACCGUCUUCUCGCCGAUCGUCGGCUGGUUUUCGGGCUAUUUUGACAACAAAUUCCCGAUAAUGGCUUUGGGAAUGUUCUUGACUUCCGCCGGACUCUUACUGAUGGGUCCGUCGUUUCUCAUACCACUGGAUCCGUCGCUAUUGCUGAGUGUGGGGGCGAUGGGACUCAUUGGUGUCGCCUAUGCUAUCGCUUUUAUACCCACAUUUGAAUCUAUAUUAGACAUCGCGUUUGAAGUGACGGGUCCUUCACUCGGCGGAUGGCUUUCGGAAAACUUUGACUUUUCAAUCGCGUCCACAAUUAUGGCUGGAUUUGCUUUAAUGGGCGCCAUAAUCGCUGGAAUCACAUUCUUCUUCGUACAAAUGGACGAAUCGGACUCUUCGUCCUCUUCCUCGUCAUCGUCGUCGUCGUCGAGUGAAACCGAUUGCGAGAAGUCAUUGGCGAGCAGUAAAAGUGGUCAGAAUUCACGCAAAGACUCGCAAUGGGAUGAGGAGGCGAUGGAGAAGGAGUCUCUUCUCAGCAAUUCAUUCACAGAAAUGCCUAAUAAUCUGUUCCUCAAUAAUAACGGUGUCAGUAAAGGCAGGGAAAAGGGAUUAAUGUUUUCCGUCGCCAGUAUUUAA